AUGGGCAGCGUCAAGCGCAUAACCAAGGAGCUGGCAGAGCUCACCCAAUCUCCACCAGAGGGAAUCACAGUCGAGCUAGCCGAAGAAGGCGACGUAUACAACUGGAAAAUCCACAUGGAAGGACCCGAAGGAUCACCAUACCACAAAGGAAACUUCCUCGUCAAGCUCUCCCUCCCCACAGAAUACCCCUUCAAGCCACCGACAGUCUCCUUCGUGACGAAAAUUUACCACCCGAACGUUACAAACGACGAUAAAGGAAGCAUGUGUCUGGGCAUGCUACGGGCAGACGAGUGGAAACCCAGUUCCAAGAUCGCGGCCGUCCUACAAUUUGCUCGCCAGCUGCUUUCGGAGCCGAUGCCUGAUGAUGCGGUCGAAGGCCGUAUUGCUGAACAAUAUAAGAAUGACCGUCCGCGGUAUGAGGAGGUGGCGAGAGAGUGGACGCGGAAGCAUGCUUGA